AUGCACCGCUACGAAGAGCUGCGACGCGCGGCGGUGACUGCGCCAACUCCAACACACCACGUCGUCGGACGACACGGCCAUCGCACUUCACCUCAACAACCACCACCUGGACGACAACGACGACGACGCUUACGACGACGACGAAGAGGCAUCGUCGUGGACGGAGGGGCGGACGGAUGA